AUGGCGGACCCUCGACUGGGAAACCCUUCGACGGGUGUCACCGGGGUGCGCGCUGCUUGUCGGAGGCAGGACUGGCAAGCCGCUGUGCAUCUGCUGGCGACACAGCCUCUGCUUGACCAGAAGCUGUUUUGCCAGGUAAGUACCUGCUGUUCGAGAGCGCAUCAGUGGACCGUGUCACUCCAGCUCCUCGAGGACAUCGCUGCCUCGAAGUCUGUACCCGAUGUUUUCAGCUUUACCUCGGCCAUCACAGCAUGUGGGAGUUCGGCUCAGUGGCUCCUGGCCUUGGCUGUAUUCUCAGAGAUGUCGAGGGCAAGUACUACUCCCAAUGUCUUCAGCUUCAAUGCAGUGAUGAGUAGCUGUGAAAGACCCGGUCAGUGGGAGAGGGCUCUUGAGCUGUUUGCUGAGAUGCCAGCUGCCAUGAUCGAAGCUGAUCGUGUCAGCUUCAACAUCGGAAUCAGUGCAGCUGAAACAGGUGGCCACUGGAAUUUUGCACUGCAGCUCUUGGCCGAAAUGAAGGCCAGGAGGCUUCAACCGGAUGUAAUCAGCUACAGUGCUGCCGUCAGUGCGUGUGCCUCUGAUGGCCUUUGGCAGAUAGCUUUGGAUUUUCUAUGGGAGAUGUCCCAAGCAGCAGCUGUUCCGAAUGAGAUCACUUACAAUGCUGCCAUCAGUGCCUGCGAGGCAUCGGGUGAGUGGGAACUAGCCCUGCAGCUCUUCUCCUGGCUUUCAUCAGCCAGGCUUCAGCCCACGGUGUUUAGUUUCAGUGCGGCCAUCAGUGCCUGUGCCAAAGGUGGCCAAUGGCAGAGAGCCCUACAUCUCUUGUCGAGCAUGCCCGCCUUUCGCGUUGCCGCUGAUGCCGUGAGCUUCAAUGCAGGAAUCAGCGCCUGCGAGAGAAGCGGACGAUGGCAGUUUGCUUUGCACCUUCUAUCAGUAAUGCCUGCUGCAAGUGCUGUGCCCACUCGUAUCAGCUUCAAUGCUGGCAUCAGUGCAUGCGAGAAAGGAGAACAAUGGCGGAUCGCCUUGUCGCUCCUGGAGCAGAUGCACAAGGAGAAGGUGAAGCCCGAUGUCAUCAGCUUCAGUGCAGGCAUCAGUGCCUGUGAGAAGGUCGGACAUUGGGAGAUGGCUCUGCAACUGCUCGAAGGGCUCUGUGAAGCCCAGCUUCAACCGAACGAAUUCAGCCUGGAUGCUUGCAUCAGUGCCUGUGAAAAGGGCGGGGAAUGGCAGCUGGCUCUGCACCUUCUCUCAGGCAUGCCGCAGGCCAGGAUUGCACGCAAUGAAUUCUCGAUGAGUGCUGGCAUCAGCGCCUGUGAGAAGGCCGGUGAAUGGCAACAAGCGAUUGGGGUGUUGGCUGAAAUCCCUCUGGCAACUGUGGCCUUCACGGAGAUCAGCUUCAACGCGUCUAUCAGUGCAUGUGAGAAGGGGGCCCAGUGGGAGUGGGCCAUCCAGGCUUUGUCCAAGAUGCCUGCAGCCCAGCUUCUCCCCGAUGAUAUCAGCUUCAGUGCGGGCAUCAGCGCCUGUGGCAAGAGCAUCAUCGAGGGGGCUGUGUAG